UCCGCUCGGCUGUGCGCUGCUCCACGCUGGGGCUUCUCGCUAUAGGAGGAUGCAAAUGCGCCUCUGAGAUCUCCUCCCAUUGGUCCGUCGCACCUCAGUGUGGGAGGGUCGGCGGAGUGGGGUCCACGCCGUCUUUAUAAGUGCAGAUUGCCGUCCAGCGCCUCAGUGACACUACGUGAUUGCACCGUGAGGUUCUCAGAAGCGAAGUGAAGGUCGUUAGAGAGAAAGCAUCUGGAAUUUAAAACACACACACAGUCAACAACCCCAACAAGGGGUGGAUAGGACCGUGGGGAUCGAACCUGAACACAGCAGCGGGAGAGCGGACUCUGCUAAACUGUUCUGCAGCUAAAGAUUCAUCUCUGAUCCGUGUGAACUCUGAAAACUUCUGCACGCGCCAUUCCGUUUGGGAUUCCUGGAACUUUUGGCACACUUUUACGCACGCCUGCGCUGCGCCCUGUGGCCGCCGCACACCGUCUAAUGUGACUGUGUGAGAAACUUUCCCUCCGGGCCAUGCUGCAGUGACUCUGCCCGGGACUUCACCAUAACGCUGUGAACAACAAGAGCCGGAGGAGGAUGCUUGGAGAAUAUUUGUGACGCACCGAGCGGAGGAGACAAAAUCUUGUGGCGUUACGUGGAGCGAGCAGAAGCAAGGACAUUAAAUCACUUGGAGGCAAGUGGGCUGCAGAGGUGAAGCGAGGACAAGACAGGUUGGUGUCUCCAAAUUCACCAGACUCGAGUUUCAGCCGCCCCGGGGGCUCCUGGUAUUAAAGCGUGCAUUUGACCUGGGAUAAGUUGUCAACAAGAGCAGUGAGCGGAGGCAGACUGGCAGGUGUACAAGUUCAUUUACAUGCAUACGUAUAUUCACGCCACUAUAUAUAGAAGUUGUCUUAGGGACGAGCAGCCAUAAUAAGUUUCUCCACCCACCCGCCGGCCCUGCAGCAGCUCCGCGCACCGGGCGUGUGCGUGUGUCUAUAUAUACACCAUACAGGCUGUGGUUCCUCCUCGCAAUCUGUAUCCGAGAGGGCCGUCUGCCGUCGGUUUGGCUGUGAGGGCAGGAGUCGUCGCAUGGACUGACAUGGCCACCGACCUCGCCAUGAGCGCAGAGCUGCCCAACAGCCCUCUGGCCAUCGAGUACGUCAACGACUUUGACUUGAUGAAGUUUGAGGUGAAGAAGGAGCCACCGGAGGCCGACCGCUACUGCCACCGCCUCCCGUCCGGCUCCCUCUCCUCCACCCCGAUCAGCACACCCUGCUCCUCCGUGCCUUCCUCGCCCAGCUUCUGCGCACCGAGCCCGGGUGCUCAACCCAACCAGAGCCUCGCCAGCGGGGUGAACAGCAGCGGCAGCAGCAACAACAGCGGCAGCAACAACAAUCACAGCAACGCGGGCAAACCUCAGCUGGAGGACCUGUACUGGAUCCCCAGCUACCAGCACCACAUCAACCCCGAGGCGCUCAACCUGACCCCGGAGGACGCGGUGGAGGCCCUCAUCGGUAACGCGCACCACCAUCACCACCACCAUCAGGCCUACGAGGGCUUCCGCGGGCAGCAGUACGUCGGGGAGGACCUGUCCACGGCCUCGGCGGCCCACCACCACCAGGCCCAUCACCACCACCAUCACCACCACGGCCACCACGCCCGCCUGGAGGACCGCUUCUCCGACGAGCAGCUGGUGAGCAUGACGGUGCGGGAGCUGAACCGGCAGCUGCGGGGCUUCAGCAAGGAGGAGGUGAUCCGCCUGAAGCAGAAGAGGCGCACCCUGAAGAACCGGGGCUACGCGCAGUCCUGCCGCUUCAAGCGCGUCCAGCAGCGGCACAUGCUGGAGACGGAGAAGUGCACCCUGCAGAGCCAGGUGGAGCAGCUGAAGCAGGACGUGGCGCGUCUGGCCAAGGAGCGGGAUCUUUACAAGGAGAAGUACGAGAAGCUCGCCACCCGGACCUACAACACCGGCGGGCCCGGGAACACGAGAGAUCCGUCCGGGAAACAGGGGAGCACCGACUUCUUCAUGUAGAGACUGAAGAUCUGCAGCACAGACUCUGAACACCCCCCAACACACACACACACACACACACACACACACACACACACACACACACACACACACACACACACCCUAAUGACAUUAAACUGCGUUUGUAUUUUUGUUUACAGUUUCUCCCUCAAACAACAAACACAUCUGGACGCACGAGCAGCGAGUGCGCACAAAAUAAUCCUUGUGCGCAUUUUGAGUCUUAAAGAUGUUUGUGGUUAAAACUUGUCGUGUGGUGACGUGGACACAUGGGAUCACUGUCCUGGGACAUGACUGUCUCACUCCAGAGACAGAGAGAGACAGAGACACAGAGAGAGAGAUGCUUUUGUCUUAACACUGGGAGGAAGAAUGUGUUUUUCUAUAUCGGACUGAAGGAGAAGAAGCGACACACCGCCUCCAGCAGACUGUGCGUCCGAGGCGCGCUGUCCUGCACACGAGAGACUUUUCAAUAUUGCAAGUCUAUAGUUUCCCAUCCCCCUUUGCAACCCUGCAUGCAGGACAUGUAUGGUAACCUCCAGUCAUCUCCCACGACCCCUCCACAUGUAUGGAACGCAUGGCCCAUGGUUCUCUCCUCCUCCUCCUCCUCCCCCCUCUCAUCCUCCCUCUCUCCCUCCCUCCUCCUCCUCUGACAUUAGUAAGGCCUGGGUAUGCAAGAAGCCACCAAAAAUAUUUCCUCCAUUAAAUAAGAAGAAGAAAAAACACACACAACCCUGAGAGGUGUAAAGGACUUGAGAAACAAUCUGCUACUGCUGAGAACUGGAUGCGUCUCUAAACUGCUAUUUUCAAUCAACUUUUCUAUUGUUUUAAAAAAGAAAAAGAGAGAAAAACGACAAAAAGAGAUGAACUGAGCCAGAUUUUAGAUUCUGUAUUUAUUUCCACCUGUACAUAAUGUGUAGAGAAGAGCAGUUAACUCUGUUAUUUUACCUUCUCUCUUUUUAACGACAACUGCUUUUGUUGCUUGGAUUCUUCGACAUGUCUUAAUACAAAAUGUUUGUAUGUUACAGCAUGCAAAUCUAUCGUCUAUGGUCUCCUCCUCCUCCUCCUCCUCCUGCUGAACAUGUGUAAUGUCAAAGGCCUAUACUGCACUAAGAAGAGAUCAAACCUUUUGUUUUCUACUCUUAUAGGAACCUUCUGAUGUGUCACUGCAGAAUAUGAAAAAGCUGGAUGUAAAUUGGAUGAGGUGAAAAUCUCGUUUGUUAGAUGGACAUGAACUGCAUUCGCUGCUAAAACUCUAUGCACCAACCUGAUGAUUUCAAAAAGACUUAGUUUAACGAUUCUGUUUGUUUGUUGGUUUGUUUUUUUUACUUUAAUAUAUUUGUAGAGGAACCCGUUUCGGGGCCUGUGGGUUUUAUUCUGCAGCUCCGUGUCUUAAAUAAUAAGAUCCUGUGUCCUGAUGCUGGUUAGCUGUUGCGCGCUGGUUGGAGCUCACUGUCCCUGCAGAGUCUGUGCACAUGAAGGAAACCUCCCUGGUUCGUGUGGUUCUCUGCUGCCUACAGAUAUAUGUGCAAUAGUGUGCAGAUGUGCGCGGUGCUCGCUCCACCUGUUGGAGGCUGAGGAGAGAAAUUCAAAAACGAAACGCACAGAAAAAACAACCAGAAAAAUCCUCAAAGAGAUUCGAUGUUAUUAUUAAUUGCAGCCGGAAAUGUGAAAAUUAAAUUACGAUCAAUUUAGAAAUAAUCUUCAAAAAAAAAAAAAAAAAAACAAAUCGACAAAUUCCCUCUUGUAAGUUUAGUUUAUUUAAAUUGUUUGGGUUCGAAUUGUAAAUUUUCCUGAAACCUCCUGGAAACGUUUUGAUUUAAAUUCGACUGCGCUCAAUGAAGGGAGAUGGAACUUCUGCCCAGUGCUGUCAAUGUAUAUCUGUACAUAUGAUUUCUAUAUUUAUUCAAUGAACGUGUCCUAACGUGUCGACAAGUGAAAAACCUACAAAGUGGAACGUUGUUGAGAAUCUUGUUUUCAUAAUGUUUAAUAAAAAGUUCUGUCCCAAA